UCUGGAACAUAUUUUUUUGUUACUCUGUCUUUUUAUGUUACAGAUUCAGUAAAAGAAUGUAGAAUUCUAAUUGUAAGAAUAUAGAAUGUAAUUCUAAUAACUUCUUUAAUAGUAAGAUCACAUUGAUCAAGAUAACAAGAUGUCUUGUGAGACUGCAAGCAAUCGCCAACGACAGGAGGAUGAAAUGGUUGUCCUUUCUAGUAUCUACGACGAAACAGAAUUCUUCUACACAAAAAGCGAAUAUAUAAAAUGCUCGAUCACCAUAUAUCCAAAAUUUUCUAAAAAACUAGAAAUAAAGUUUGAUAACGGCAGUCCCUCUGAUGUAGCUAUUUCCGACGAUAGCAUCUUCAUUGAGUACUUGCCGCCAAUCAGAAUGUACAUCAAUCUCCCGAAUACGUAUCCAUCUCAGAAGCCACCAAAUUUCUACAUCUCCGUUGUCUGGUUGACACCUUGGGACAUCUCUUUCAUCUGUCAGAAAUUAGAUGAAAUGUGGGAAGAGAACCAGGGUAACGAGGUCAUCUUCGUAUGGCUAAAUUUCCUACAAGAUGAUAUUUUCAAUUUUUUAAACAUACACGAAACGUUAGACAUUUCCUACUUGCAUCUCAUUCACACGUUACGAGAUAAUGUCAUGUUACGCCUGGUGCAGUUAUCCGAUCCCAGGGCUCAGAAUGGUGCAUUGUUAUUAGAUAUAAAAAGAUUAUUGAUAUCUUACAACAAGCAGCAACAUAAAGUACAAUUUCACAAGAAUGUUUAUCCUUGUUGCAUAUGCUUCGAGGAAUGUGCAGGACUGAACUGUAUAGAAUUGGAAAACUGUAAACACAUCUACUGUAAAAGUUGCAUGGAGAAGCACAUACGCAUCAACAUCAUCGAGCGUAUUAAUGCUAUAUUGUGUCCGACGAUAGAUUGCAAACGCAAAAUAAGUGACAACGACGUUAAGACUCUCUGUCCAGACUUGUUUUUCCAAUACGAAGAGAUUAUGUUGCGAGUAACAUUAGACACUAUGGAUGAUGUAGUGUAUUGCCCAAAAAUUUCUUGUCAAUAUCCGGUUAUCAGAAACCCGGGCGAUGACGCACCGAUUUGUCCCAUCUGCAAGUAUUGUUUCUGCGUCUAUUGCCGUAAGGUAAGAUGUAUCUCAAUAUUUAAACGCAUA